UGUAUCCGCCAGUCAUAAACAAAAAAAAUGGAUAAAAGAUGGAGUCUUCAAGGUACGACUGCUCUUGUAACGGGUGGAGCCAGCGGAAUCGGGCAUGCCAUAGUAGUGGAACUAGCCGGCUUUGGGUGUAGAGUUCAUGCAUGUGAUCUAUCCGAAACUCUGCUCAAUCAGAGUUUAUGUGAAUGGAAAAAGAAAGGGUUUCAAGUGAGUGGUUCGGUCUGUGAUGUAUCAUGUCGUUCCGAGAGAGAAAAGCUCAUGCAAACCGUCUCAACUAUGUUUAACGGCAAGCUCAACAUUCUUGUGAACAACGUUGGCUCAGCUCGUGUAAAACCAACAACUGAAUAUCUGGAAGAUGAUUUCUCCUUUCAUAUCUCAACAAACUUGGAGCCUGCUUAUCAUCUUAGCCAGCUUUCACAUCCUUUUCUAAAAGCUUCAGGAUCUGGAAGCAUUGUCUUCAUUUCUUCAGUUGCAGGGGUUGUUUCAAUUGAUUGUGGAUCCAUGUAUGGUUUAACCAAAGGAGCUUUGAAUCAACUAGCAAGAAAUCUGGCUUGUGAAUGGGCAAAAGACGGAAUAAGAGCCAAUGCUGUUGCUCCUAAUUUUAUCUAUACUGCUCUGGCUCAACCUUUUCUUGAUGACGCCGGAUUUAACAAGAGUUUGUCCACUAGAACUCCACUUGGUCGCCCUGGAGAACCAGAAGAGGUUGCAUCACUUGUGGCAUUCUUGUGUCUACCUGCGGCUUCAUAUAUUACUGGUCAGACCAUUUGUGUUGAUGGAGGUCUCACGGUCAAUGGCUUCUCUUAUCAACCGCAGGCUUGAGCUGAGAGUUGCGUGGUGGUGAUGCAGCGUACAAGCCUAUUUUCUUCUGGUGUUGGGUUCUGUAUUUGGGGUGGCAGUGUAUUCGUGCUUUACUUUAUGUUUUGUUUUUAACUUUUCUUUUGAUCAUUAAUAAAACCCAAAACAAUGAAACUCCUAUAGUUUCCCAUCCUUA